ACCAAGCGCCUCAAGUAUUCAUUUGUAACAUGUUACAAUUAACGUUAACACAAGUUAACGUUCAUGUUUUCGUAGUAGGUUGAGCCAAUUUAAUUACUCCUCUUGAUAUUUGUUUCAAUGGCUGAAGUAAUUAUGUGUGAGCCAUUUGAGCUCUACAAUCUCUUCAACCAGGGCAGCCAUGUGUCAAGGCUGGCAGAGAUCAACUACCUCUGCUUGAUUGAUGCUCGUGAAGCCCAAGACUACAAUAGGAGCCACAUCAUAACAGCUAGAAAUGUCAAAAUGGAUUCAGAGGGGACGUUCCUCCUGCCAGAGGCUGUGGAAGUUGACAGCAUGCAGCACGUGGUGGUCUAUGACAGCAACACAAACUGUUUACAGGAAAAAGGCAGAGCAGUUGAAUGUGCCCAGGUCUUGGCUAAAGCUAGCCUCUGUCCAGUCCACUUAGUGAGCGGAGGCUUUCAGAGGUUUUCAGCUCUGUACCCUUUUUUAAGGACUGAGAAAAUCAUGUACACCAUCACGGAGCUGGAAAACCUGAAGAUUUAUCCAGUGGAGAUCAUAGCAGGGCAGCUGUAUAUGGGUGACCAGGAGCAUGGCAUGGACUCCAGCAUCCUUAAAAACCUGAAGAUCAGCGCCGUCCUCAACUUCUCACAGACUAACACUCUGGAAUCCGGAAACGGGAACCAGACCAUCCAUAACAUCCCUGUGGCGGACUCAGUGAUGUCGGAUUUAUAUUCAAGUUUCGAAAGGAUUUGUAGUCUUAUUGGUUCACACAUCAGCAUGGGCUCUCGAGUCCUGAUAGUUUCCUGGCACGGCAGGAGCCGAUGCAGUGCUGCCACCAUCGCCUUUCUCAUGCAGCACCUUAAAUACACAUUUGAGGAGGCCUGGAAGUACAUGCUCAAAUGUAAACCCAGCAUGAGGCCGAACACAGGGUUUCUACAGCAACUGUCUGACUGGGAGCUUCACACCAUUGGAACAAAAGCGACUAAUAUCUCUGAACCUCAUUUUUGAUUAAAAAGAACCAGCAGCUAUUACAAUGACA